GCCUUCCACCUGCUCCGAGCCACACACACACACACACACACACACACACACACACACACACACACACACUCCUCUGCAACAUCUGCCACGCCGCCUCUGAUUGAGGAGGGAAGAGUCUGACGGAGUCUCUCUGAUAAACUGGAAUAACAUUGCCACCGCUUGUGCGUCUCCGAUGGACCAAGCGAUUCCGCGGGGGCUCGCCGGACGCCGCGCGCGUAUUCCCGGAGGCUUGAACGGCGACUUUGAGGAGCCUCGGAACUCUGCGCGGCGUGUGAGCGCGCUGGUCGUGCGUCCGAGUCCCAGGCCAUCUGCGCGGAAAACUUCGCGGCAUGCUGCACGUUGAGGGGUGCGAAGGCGCGAGCGAGCUGGAACAGAUGGACACGAGCCCGACAACGCACUGGAGAUAUGCUGUGUUGCUGAAUGGGUGACAAGCUCCAAGUCACCUCAGACACCUUGUGAAGCCCCCUCCUAUUGCAUUGUACAGGACAGGUUCCCCCAUCAGAGUGGCAAGGAUGUACCAGGAGGUGGCCUUCCUGGCAGGCAGCACUGAGCACCAGUUCACCACCUUCCACUUCAACCGUGUAGAGAACCCAAAGGAGGUCAGCUCCAAGAAGGGUCUGUUCUACAAGCGAGCCCAGCUCCUGCUCCACCCACAGCCCCGCCAACAGGAUGGAGAUGAGAUUGGCCUGGCUGAUGGGGCAGCCAUUAUCAACGUGGGGGGUAUCAAGUACCGCAUCCCCUGGUCAACACUGGAGGAGUUUCCCUUAUCAAGGCUGGGCAAACUGCGCAGCUGCAGCAAUGAGGCCGAAAUCAUGGACGUGUGUGAUGACUAUGACGGCAGCUGCAAUGAGUAUUUCUUCGACCGAAGCCCAUCGGCUUUCCGCACAAUCGUCACUUUCUUGGCGGCAGGUAAGCUGCGGCUCCUGAGGGAGAUGUGCGCCAUGUCCUUCCAGGAGGAGCUGCUGUACUGGGGGGUGGAGGAGAACAACCUGGACUGGUGCUGUCUCAGAAAGCUGCGUCUCAGGCAGGAUGAGUACAAGGAGCAGCAGAGGCUGGAGGAGGAGGAGGCCGAGCUCACAUUGCCGCAGUCCUGCGAGGAGAGCCAGCAGCCUCCUGGAGCAGGGGUACAGGAAGAGACUCGUGCGGGGGGCUGCAUGCGGAGACUGAGGGACAUGGUGGAGAACCCCCACUCCGGCCUACCAGGGAAGAUCUUCGCCUGUCUGUCAGUGCUAUUUGUAGCCAUCACUGCUGUGACUCUGUGUGUCAGCACCAUGCCUGACCUCAGAGAGGAGGAGGAGAGGGGUGAGUGCUCCCAGAGGUGUUAUAACAUCUUUGUGCUGGAGACCGUUUGCGUUGCCUGGUUCUCCUUGGAGUUCCUGUUGCGAUUCAUUCAGACGCAGAGCAAGUGUAUGUUCCUGCGUACGCCUCUAAACGUCAUUGACGUAGUGGCCAUCCUCCCUUACUACAUCACCCUCAUCGUGGACUCUCUGUCGGUGGGAGGGAAACCUGUGGGCUCAGGGAACAACUACCUGGAGAAGGUAGGGUUAGUCCUGCGAGUCCUGCGAGCUCUACGGAUCUUUUACGUCAUGAGGUUGGCCCGGCAUUCCUUAGGCUUGCAGACGCUUGGUCUGACAGUGAGGAGGUGUACACGCGAGUUCGGCCUGUUGCUGUUGUUCCUGUGCGUGGCCAUGGCCCUUUUCUCCCCACUGGUGUUUCUAGCUGAGAGCGAAAUGGGCGCCAAGCAGGAGUUCACCAGCAUCCCCGGUAGCUACUGGUGGGCAGUCAUCUCCAUGACCACGGUGGGCUACGGAGACAUGGUGCCCAGAAGCAUCCCUGGCCAGGUGGUGGCGCUCAGCAGCAUCCUGAGCGGCAUCCUCCUCAUGGCCUUUCCUGUCACGUCUAUCUUUCACACCUUUUCUCGCUCCUACGUGGAGCUGAAGGAGGAGCAGAGCCGGGCGCUGAGGCAGAAGCCGGACUCGCAGGACAGCACCAAGUCCCAGAACAGUGAGGACUCCCAGGAGACGGACAGCUACCACGGCAUCACGGAGGCCACGGCCUCAUCACUGCAGCGGAGAAAGUCCUUGGCUGCUCAGAGGGCUGCUGAAUUUAGAGCAUCCUUGCAAACUUAGCUGCUUUGACUGUCUGUCAAUCUGUGUUCAAUUGGCAGCCUGGGAGGCCAUGACACCCAGUGCUGGGACUUCAGAGAUGACAGCAGCAGGACUGUGAAGAGGGUGGAGAUUUUCUUCACUGGAGUUUGAGGCCUCUGCUUUGAUCAUGUGAAGCGCUUGUGCACCAGAGUCUAUCUGAGCUUCUUAAGUUUUACAGAGAAGCUGCAGAGGUCUUUUUCCCACAAAUUUGACUUUAAAAGAUGGGUAACAGUACAACAUUCAUGAUGAAACAACAAUGACUGAAAAACUGACAAAGACAGUAGUCUCACAGACUGUGAUUCAGAUUUGAGACAAGUCUGUGCAAAAGGGAAAUCUAAUACCAAAACAUCACAUGUUGUUAUUCAGACCUCAGAAUAAUAAUUAAUGUUCCUCAUGUAGCUGCAUUUGAGAGGACUGUCUUAAAUAAAGAUGUUUUCUGAGA